CUCUCUCUCUCUCUCUCUCUCUUACCAUUAUCAAGUUUGAAUCAAUUAUUUCUCAUUCUAAAAACUGUUGUCAUUUCUUCUCGACUUGGUGAUGACUUGUGAUGACGCGGUGGUGACUGAGUGACACGGUAGUUUAACAGGCUCCAGUGGAAGUUAUUUAAGUUUUCAAGAGUGUUUUCACGAUUUCAGUGACUUGUGGUGACUCGAUGCCUUGUUCCUUAAAAAGACACGUGCGAUACGGAGGAAGGAAGACGUAACAUCUGAUACUUAAGCCCCUAACAUCUGAAAAGCCCUUAACACCUGAACAAAGCCCAUACCUAACACCUGAAAGCCCCCAGCAUCUACACAACGCCUCUAACACCUGAACAAAUCCCUCAACACGUGGAGAAGCCCCAACACCUUUAACUGAAGGAGAAUCAGGGCCCUAACACGUACAGAAGGCAGCCCUCACAUGCCGCAGUAACCAUGGCCACAAUUGGGGAGAAGAGAACACUGACACUAGGUUUAGGAUUCCUCUGCCUCGUCUACGUCCUCCUGUUCUUGAAACCCUCAGACAAACACCUAUGGCUCACCAAGCACCUGGCCAACAACACAGUCUUCCAGGUAUCAAGUACAGAGCUGGAAAACCUCCUGGUCACCUGCAGGAGCCUUCCAAUCCUCAACACAACAGCUUCCAGGACAAAUGAGCAGGCGGGCCCUCGCCCUUCGCCACUUAAGGACCCCCUGCCGCUGCCCUCUCAGUCUGGCUGCUUCCCUUACCUUAGUGGGCUGUACGUUCAGCCGGUUCCAGAGCACGACUGCGACCAGCCUUACGUCACCGUCAACCAGGCAGGGCGUCUGGGCAACAAGAUGUGUCAGUACGCCAGCCUCUACCUCCUGCGUCACCUGUUUGGAGUCCGGGUGUCCACGCUCGAUGAGAUGCACGCAACCCUCGACAAAUUCUUCAAGAACAUAGUCAUGCCGAUCAAGAACCCAAGCUGCUUCAUGGGCAAGGCUAAGAGCAUUUCCUACAUGGACCUGUAUGACAAGCUGUACAGAGCUGCGGCUCAGGCCUGGACCAACACCACCUCCAGUGUCAUCAAAGAACCUCUGCUGGACACUUCCUACCACGUCUAUGACUACCCUGGACCCCGAGACCUCUUCCUGGAGCACCGGAAGCUGACUCACACCCUCUUCAAGUUCCGGGACGAGGUGAUGAAGAAUGCCGUACAGAACAUCAACAACGCUCUAAUGAGUUUCAACGCGACGUAUCACCAAAGGGACUUCCCAAUUGUGACUGUUCAUGUCAGGCGGACGGACUACGAGGGGCACAUGAAGAUGCUCUUCAAUCUGACCCAGCUGGGUAAACUCUACUACACCAACGCCUUUGAGUUCUACAAGAAGCGGUUGAAGCGCCCUCUGUUCCUGGUGGUGAGCGACGACCCGAAGUGGUGCAGGGAGAACCUGCAGGCGAAGGACGUGCUGGUCAUUGCCUCCGAGGUCCCAGCUGAAGACAUGGCGGCGAUGAGUUUGGGAGACCACCAUAUUACAAGCUACGGCACCUUCAGCUUCAUGGGAGCCUUACUGGGGAAGGGGAACAUAACACACCCGCUCACCACCAACCCUCGCUACCGCUUCGUGAGGUGCGUGGACUCCCCAGUCUUCCACCGCGUUCCAAGGGGCGACAAACAGGAGUAUUAGCGGAGAUGAUUCGGUGUUGGCAACAAUGUUUGUCUAUUUUAUUUUAUUUUAACUUUGAUGAUUUUUUUUAUUUUAGUACUUUUUUAUUGUAUUUCUCAUAGUUAAUUAUUUUUAUACAUUUUUUUUCUUUCUGCCAAUUUUGUAGUUUUCUUUUCUAAACACUUUGUUUAUCGAUUCUUUCUCUCCCACACAAUGUUUCCAGUAAUGUCUCUCCUUUCUUAAAACACUCUCUUCAUUCUUUCUUUGUCAGACAAUGUUUUGGGCGUAUCUCCAAGACGGUCGGGAAUACGAGUAGGGUGCUGAACCAAUUGCUCUAGGUCGUGGAGGAUAACAAUGUUGAAGGCUAGUUCACCAGGAUGGUUAGUGAAGGGAAAGGAAAGCCAAAGCUGGUGGUGAACAUUGAAGUCUCCAAGAAUGGAGAUUUCUGUAAAAGGCAGGAGAGUCAGAAUGUGCUCCACUUUAGAAGUUAAGUAGUCAAAAGAAUUUCUUAUAGUCAGAGGAGUUAGGUGAGAGGUAUACAGCACAGAUAAAUUUAGUUUGAGAGUGACUCUGUAGUCGUAGCCAGAUGGUGAAAAACUCGGAAGAUUCAAGAGCGUGGGCACGAGAGCAGCUUAAAUUGUUGCGCACAUAAACGCAACAUCCAGCUUUGGAUCGAAAAUGAGGAUAGAGAAAGUAGGAGGGAACAGAAAAGGGGCUACUGUCAGUUGCCUCAGACACCUGAAUUUCAGUGAGGAAAAGAAGAUGAGGUUUAUAAGAGGAGAGGUGGUGUUCUACAGAUUGAAAAUUAGAUCUUAGACCACGAAUGUUGCAGAAGUUAAUGAAGAAAAAGUUGAGGGGGGUGUCAACACACUUAGGGUCGUCGUCAGAGGGUAGUCCGACCUGGGGACAUUUGUGGUCCCUCCCCAGAUGGGGACUCCGAGGCUGGUGUAGGAAUCGCCAUGAAUUUUGAAAUUUUGUGUGAAGUGUGUGUGUGUGUGUGUGUGUGUGUGUGUGUGUGUGUGUGUGUGUGUGUGUGUGUGUGUGUGUGUGUGUGUGUGUGUUAUUAGGUGCUUGUAGUUUUGUGUGGAGGAAGAGAGUUGUCUUUAGAGGGCAGGCUGUGACUACCCCCUUGUGUUGUGAGACACAAAGGGAAACGUUCAGUGAGGUCACAGCUGGGUUUAAUGGUAAGUUCACAGCACCCCCUGAUCCAGUGCUUUAGACCUCACUGGGAGUAAUUAUCGUUUCAGCAGGUGCCUGCUACCUCCUCCAAGUAGAAUGGAAAUUGUUCUGAUUCUUAUAAUAUCACAUCUCUACUACCACUAUUACUACUACUACUACUACUACUACUACUACUACUACCACUACUGCUACUACUACUACUACUACUACUAUUAUUAUUACUACUUGCACUGUUACUACAACUACUAUUUCUAAAAAUUACAAUAAAAUUUAUGGGAAAAAAUGGGUAGAAUUACUGGCACUUCCAUUUUGUAUAAAUAUCGAUAUUUUGAGAGUAAAGGAAAACGUGAGUAUUUCAGGGGUAACAAAGACAAAAGCUUACUUCUCACACGCUCUUAUAUUAUCACGGAUGGAAGCUGAAAAAAAAAAAAGAAAACACUGCACAUCUAAACUUUAAUAUUAUAAUGCAAAUCCUAGUGAAAUUCGACACCAGGAAAGUUAAUGGUAAAAAAAUAUAUUGUUACAAGAAAUC